CGGUAUCGUUCUGCUGACGAGCGGGCGAUAACGCUUGAUUCGCCGUUUGCGUGACGUCCAGUCUGCUCUCAACCUCCGUUCUCCGUCGGAGUAGCGAUCUCAGGUCUGACUAACCAGCGGCGACCAGUCAACGUCUGUCCUAUUCACAGAGCGCAAUUUCAUCGGACUCCUCGCGAUCGUGACCAAGGAGCUUCUCAAUCAAUCAACAAUAAGGAACAUAUCGAUACAAGGAAAUAUCGGGAAAAUCGAGAUACAGGAUAUCGGAAUUCCAAGAUUGUUUCCCACGGCGGCCACGAAAUGGUUAUUAAAUGGUUAUAAAGUGUCUGCAAUGAUCGUCGCUCGACACAGGUGGAUGAGAAGUGAAAGAAGAUUGCAAUAAAAAUAAGAGAGCUGGAUAUUUGAAAUAAGCGAUGAGAUCAUCGCUGUUAGGAGAGGCUCCGAAGAGACUUGAGUUAAACUUGCGCACGCUAGAUUUGCUCUAAUUUGAUCCGCGACCAGGGAAGGAGGAAAGAAGGGACGAAAGAGACAUUAAGAGGAUUGACCUGCGAAUAGCCAAAGAGCACGUGCGACGCGUGACUACAAAUGAUCACAGACAAAAGAACAUCAGUUUUACACGUCAAUUAUUUAUCGCAUUUGCGACGAUUUGCCGACGUAUUUGCCACGUGUAUCAUUAAUUAAUUAUCACUAGACGCUUAUCGUGAACCACAUAGAUUAUUCCAGAUAUGCGUAAUUCGUGAGCAAUUAAGUUUGUAGUUAAUCUACUAACUUAACGUCGUAAUAAAAAGCGUAACGAUAAGAAGAACAUUCGCAAGAAUUAUCAUCGGACGUUCUCUUCCGAGGAAAUACCGAGCAAAAAAACCGACGUCAAUUUUACAUUCACGCGAAUAAGCUUGUGUGUAUAUUUGCAAUUGCGAAACAGCUGACGCUAUCGUGUCGCGAAAUUGAUUCUCCCUCUCUCUCUCUCUCUCUCUCUCUCUCUCUCUGCGCAUAUUAGAUAUAAAGAAUUUGCCGUACUUACACGUACGAGUACGUACACGACCGUAGCUGUCGUAGCGUCUACUCUCGCGUCACGCAAGGAAACAUAUAAUUGUAAUAGAUGUGCGCAGGUCAAGAGAGAUAAAAAGAUAGCCAUCGUAGACAGACAGAUCACGAAAUUAUCUGGAAUCGUCUGAAAGCAAUUGCAAAUGUCCAACGAAACAAAGAGUUGUCGCACACUUACGAACAUAACGCACAGUCAGAUGAUUGACGUCAGAUUCAAGGACCUAUCCUACGUGGUCAAUAUCGGAUAUGGCCGGCAGAAGAAGAAGCAGAUCCUGAAAAGACUGAAAGGACAUUUCCGGUCCACAGAGCUGACGGCCAUCAUGGGGCCGUCCGGUGCCGGCAAAUCGACGUUGCUGAACAUCUUGAGCGGCUUCCAAGAAGGCAAUUACACGGGAACGGUGGAAUACCUCAACAACGGUAAUAAGUGGGAGCAGGGCAGUUGCAAGAAGCAACGAUGCUACAUCCAGCAGACGGACAACUUGCACGGCUUCUUCAGCAUUUACGAGAUCAUGAUGAUCGCGAGCUACUUGAAGAUCAACCAGCAACUUCCACUGAAGUCCAGGCAGAUGCUGAUCGACGAGAUUUUGGCGACGCUCAAGUUGUCGCUGAACAAGCAGACGCGAGUGGACCGGCUGAGCGGCGGCCAGAAGAAGAAGCUGAGCAUCGCCCUCGAGUUGAUCGGUAAUCCGCCGCUCAUGUUCCUGGACGAGCCGACCACCGGUCUCGACUCGACGGCGUCUGUGCAGUGCAUAACCAUGUUGAAGAACCUGGCGCAAUCCGGCAGGACGAUCAUCUGCACCAUCCACCAGCCUAGCGCAGCGAUCUAUCAGAUCUUCGAUCACAUCUACCUGGUGGUGGAUGGCCACUGCAUGUAUCGCUCGUCGCCCGACGAAACGAUCGGCUACUUCGCUCGGCAAGGUCUCCAGUGUCCCAAGUACCACAACCCGGCGGACUACAUGCUAGAAGUGGUAUCCGGCGAAUACGGUGAUUACCAUGAGCAGUUGAUCGCGACGGUCACGUGGCUGAACCAUCCGCGGAAAGAGGCGCAUGCGAUCACGUCGUCGUACAAUACGAUCGAAAAGAUACCCGACAACGGCGAUUCGGCGAUGAUGCUGACGAGGAGCCCGCCUACGGAGCUCAUGCGGUUCUGGAUACUGCUGCAGCGCAGUGCGAUCUUGGUGCAUCGCGACUACUCGAUAAUGUACAUCAAGCUGUUCUUGCACUUCCUCGUGGCGGUGCUGUUGGGUCUGCUUUAUGAGCACGCCGGCGAUGACAGCAACAAGACAAUCAGCAACAUCAGCUACUUGAUGGUCAGCGCGCUGUACAUUUACUACACCGGCAUGAUGCCGGCCGUGCUCAAGUUCCCCUUGGAGAUCGACAUUGUGCGGAAGGAGCGCUUCAACAACUGGUACAAGCUGAGGACCUACUACAUCGCGACAAUCGUGUGCGCACUGCCGUUGCACAUGGCCUACGCUUCCAUCUAUUCCGUCGUCUCCUACUUUAUGACCAGCCAGCCGUUGGAGUACUACCGCUUCUUCAUGUAUCUGCUGAUAGCCAUCUUGAACAGCUUCAUCUCCGAGGGCAUGGGUCUAAGCUUGGGCGCGAUUUUCAACCCGGUCAAUGGAACCUUCUUGGGCUCCAUCAUCGUAUGCAUCAUGCUAUGCCUCGCCGGCUUCCUUAUCUUUUUUACGCACAUGCCUAGGUUCCUGUUCUACAUCAGCUACCUAAGCGUGCUUCGCUACACCUUUGAGGGCUUUAUGUACGCCGUCUACGACAACAGGCACGAUAAGAUAGAUUGCUCGACCACUUAUUGUCACUACCGGUUUCCGAAUAUGAUACUGGAGGAGCUCGGCAUAACCAAGUCGAUGUUUUGGCACAAUAUCGUCGUGUUGUUCGGCUACUUCGUCAUGUUCUGGAUUGUCGCUUAUUUAUUGCUGAAGAGACGACUAUCGAAGCUAAAUUGAACAUUGAUUGAGUGACACGUUGGGUAUAGAUUUUUGUUAUUAUUAUUGCUCAUUAUUAUUAUUAUUAUUAUUAUUAUUGUUGUUGUAUUCGCAUCCGAUUCGUCGAAAUCAAACUCGCAAUAUACGCGACUCACCCGGUGAAGUUCCCGCGAAAGCGACGCGUCCUUUCCUCGCGGAGAAGCGCGCCGCUCGAGGUGGUCGCCGGACGCGUCGGCGAUCGGGCUACGCAUGUGAAACCAUGCGAUUUCAACAUGGCUGUGACACUAGAAUAGUUUCGCCGCUUCAUUCGCCGUAGUGUCUUGUUUCUUUCUUUCUUUCUUAGGAUGUAGGAUGUCACGAGAGUGUUCUUAGGUUAUCAAGCAUCGAUAGAGACUAGGCAGAGUCGCGAUAACGAGCGUAGCGACAGAAGGAGGCUUCGCGCGCGGCUGGAGGUAAAAGCGUCGUGACCGGAUCGGUUUUUCCUUACUCGAUCUUUCUCUCUCUCUUUCUCUCUCUCUCUCUCUCUCUCGUCGUGGCUGAAUCCGCGCGCGCGCUGAAAUGCGGAAGAACGCGCGGGGACGCCGAGCAUCGAGGAGAGCGUAUUGUGACACCGCGCUCGAACUUUCACAUUUCGUGUCACGUUUCUGAGCGAGACAUGUGCAGGACGGUAAGCUUAACCGUUUGAGUCCCAGGGGGUAUUGAAAAAACACUGUCGAAGAAUCCCAAACAGCGCAACCGCGCUUUCUAUAAAUGAGUAUGAAAAGACCCAAGCAGCGCGAUAGCGCUUUGUUUAUUUUACAUCGAUGAAUCCCAAUCGGACCAA